AUGACGAGUUUUUUACUUAAAAAUCUACGAGCGAUCGCCAUUGCAAGUGUGGCAUUCACAUCAUCAUAUUUCAGCGGACAUGAAGCUAAUUAUCAAAUCAGAACACGAUUCUUAUCGUUAGUACAACUCCAAGCUGCGGAAUAUGAACGACGAAAUGCUGGAUUUGCGCGCAGUCGAAAACGAGAAAUUCAGUUUGAUGAUGAUGAUGACGAUGACGACGACGAAGCAAAAGCUAAAGAUAGCGAUGACGCUGAUAAAUUCAACGAACAUGGUUCAAAUCCACGUGAACGACGUUUUCGAGAAUUUGCUUCGGUGGAAUAUAAUGAUGAAAUCUAUAUGACUCCAGUGGAUUUUCUUGAAUCUGUUAUAGCUGAACGACCAAGACCUCGUAUUGGUCGUCGACAAUUGACCGAUGAAAAAGUCGAUUCGAUUCUGUAUAGUACUCCGCCUAAACACCGAGGAUCAACACGAUUCUUUCGAAACCUUGAAGAUGCUGGCUUAAUUUCAUUUUCCGAGUAUUUGUUUCUCUGGGUGAUUUUAACAAAACCACAUACACAAUUUGAAAUUGCAUUUGCCAUGUUUGAUACAGACGGUAAUCAGCUGGUUGACAAACAUGAGUUUCUCGUGUUAGGAAAAGUCAUGAGUGACAAACGAAUGUUACGUCGACAGUCAGCUAAAACAACCACCAGUGCAAAUGCCAAUUACUCCCAUUUUUUAAAAUCAUUCUUCAAAGUACCGAAGAAGAAUUCAAUAAAAACAUCGUUUAUUAAAGAAUUAGAUGUCGUACAUGAAAACAAACAAACAGAUACGACCUUGCUCUUACAUUUCUUUGGCAAAAAUGGUCGAGAUACGUUGAACUAUACGGAAUUCAAACGAUUUAUGGAAAACUUGCAAACGGAAGUAUUGGAGAUUGAGUUUUCAGAGUUUUCGCAUGGCUUCAAAACUAUAUCGGAUUUGGACUUCACGGAAAUACUUUUACGAUAUACAGAUUUUGAUAAAGAAACCAAAAAGGCGAUUGUGAAAAAAGUGAAACGAACAUCAGGAAAUGCCGAUGGUAUUACAUUUGCACAAUAUAAACAAUUUUUCACAUUUCUGAAUAAUCUCGAAGAAUUCAGCAUCGCGAUGCGCUUUCACCAACUAUCGAAUAAACCAAUUUCUCAAGCCGAAUUUCAACGAGCUGUGAAAAUUUCAACAGGCUUCGAGCUUGAGACAGAUAUUAUUGGCCUUAUCUUUCGAAUAUUUGAUGCUGACGAUGAUCAACACUUGAGUUAUGAUGAGUUCAUGGCCGUGAUGAAAGAUCGCCUUUCCCGAGGUUACCAAACUACAGACAUUUCUGAAAAUUCGGGUUCGAAAUUCGAACAAUUCAAACGUUGUUUCCGUGAACGAGCCAAAUCGACAAUUAAUGAAGACCGCGUCUGGCUUUCUCUAUGGAAGAAAGAAAUGCUCCUUUAG